AUGCCGCUCAACUACUCAAAGUGGGACAACCUCGAGCUCUCCGACGACUCGGAUAUCGAGGUCCACCCUAAUAUCGACAAGAAAUCCUUCAUCCGAUGGAAGCAGCGCGACAUCCACGAGAAGCGAGACCAACGCAAAGCCGAAAAGGACGCUCUCCGUGCAGAGAUUGAUACCAAUAGUGCCCUCACACCUCGCCUCGAUGAGCUAGUCCAGCAAACCAAGAAGGAAGGCUCCACGUACUACUCAAGAGAGGUGGCAAAGCUCAGUGCAGGAAGACAGGAGAGAGGCAACAAGGACGGUCCCAACGGUCCGACCACAGACGACAUGAUUUUGAGCCUUUUACUCCAAAUUCAGCAGCAGGAGAACAUCAAGGGCAAGACCGGCGACGAACUCGAUCAGCUCUUGGUAAGCGAGCUUGAGGGUCACAAGGCAAAGCUAGCUGCGAGGCAGACACAGAUCCACUUUGAGCUGGAACAGAUGGAAAAGGAAGACUCUAAGAAGAUUACAAGCGAUGGUAUCAGGGAAGGUUGGAACUCUGGUUAUGUUGCCAAGGCUGAGCCUGAACCACAACCCAAACCGGCGGCGGCGGCAGACAAGGGCAAGAAGAAGGAACAGACCGUCAUUGAGACACUCAAUUCUCCCUCGGCCUCUACAAGCAAGGCUGCCGACACGGACGACGGCGAUGGCGAAGAUGAUGAAGACGACAACAUCGCCGAAGCAGACGAUGUGAUGCGUCAAUUCGCCAAUCUCCCUUCUUGUGUCCCCUCUUCUAUCCCUCUCUCAGCUUCCGCCCUCCCAUCCAACUUUGACACGGCCAAAUCGCUCAACACCGCCGCCUUUGAAGCCGCGCUUCAAUUCCUCUCCAAGCACAAAAUCCUUCUCUCGGCCAACAACAAUACCACCGACUCUCUGCUCUUGGAAGCAUUCAAUGCGCAGAUCGCCUCCAACGCGUCGCUCGCCCGUCGAUGCGUGGAAAAGGCGCUCAUGAUCCAGUACUGUAACAAGCUCGGUCCCGACGGCGUCAACCUCUUCUUCCGCCGCAUGGUUGGAUCCAAAGACGGCCGUGCCAGCGUUGUCUACCUCAACGACGUGCUGGCCACCUACUCUAGGAUUCGGGACCGAUCCAAAGCGCUUUCUGAACAGCAGCAGUCGUCGGCGGGGGCGGGUGAGGAACAGAUCCAGCUCGUUGCCGAGGACGAAAACACCGUCAUUGGCUUUGAAAUCCCCGACGGACCGCCUCCGGAGGUGAUCGAGCUGGAAGGUGAGGCUGAGAAGUUGGAUCCGGAAGCUGUCAAGGCGUGGUUGCAGAAGCGAUGGGACAUCUUCACGGCUUUCCCGGCAGACUUUCAGGACGCAUUGAAGAGCAAGGACUUGACAAAGGUCAACAAAGUCCUAGGUAACAUGAAGGUUGAGCAAGCCGAAGAGGUCGUAGGUUUGCUCGACCAGGCGGGCAUUUUAAAUUUUUCAAGCUCCGAGGUCAGGGACGAAACCGGUCGAUGA